AUGGCUCCCUUCACUCUCCGCUGGGGCAUCAUCGCCACCGGUGGCAUCUCCACCCGCUUCUCUCAGGACCUGCUGGUUAACCCCGCAACUCGUAACGCCAACGACGUUACGCACGCCAUCGCUGCCGUUGGCUCGCGCAGCACCGAGUCUGCCCAGAAGUUCCUCGACAAGCUCAAGCAGAGUGACGGCCCGAGUGCCUGGGGCGUCAAGAACGGUGUGCUCGAGAACGCCAAGGCGUGCGGUAGCUACGACGAGGUCUUCUCUGACCCUAACGUUGACGCCGUGUACAUUGGCACUCCCCACACCUUCCACUACGAGAAUGCCAAGGCGGCGCUGCAGGCGGGCAAGCACGUGCUGUGCGAGAAGCCCUUCACGUUCGACGUCUCGGAGCUCGAUGAGCUGAUCGCGCUUGCCAAGGAGAAGAAGCUCUUCCUCAUGGAGGCUGUCUGGACCCGCUUCCACCCCAUCGCGUACGCUGUGCAGGACGUGCUCAAGUCGGGCCGCCUCGGCAAGGUGCACCGCAUGUUCGCCGACUUUUCGAUGAACUUUGAGCCGGACACCCGACCGGACUCGAACCGCAUGAUCGACCCGAAGCAGGGCGGCGGCUCGCUGCUCGACAUGGGCCCUUACCCGAGUGUGUGGGCGAUGCUCGCGCUGCACCAGCACCCGGACAACAAGGACAAGAACCCGCGCGUCGUCUCGAGCUACCAGCGCAUCUACCCGCGCUCGGGUGUUGAUGCCAUGUCGCACUGGAUCGUGGACUGGAAGGACUUUGCGCAGUGCCGUUGCCUGACGGACAUGACGACGAGCGGAUACACGGACGCGACGGCGGUCAUCUCGUGCGAGGAGGGCGACCUCAUCAUCCCUUACCCGCCCUGGCGUCCCGAGAGCUUCCACAUCGUGCCCCACCCGGCCGACGAGCCGCAGGGCAAGAUCACGAAGCGCGAGACGCACGAGUACAAGGUCGCCGAGGGCGGGGGCAUGCACUACGAGGCGGACGAGGUCGCGCGCUGCGUCCGCGACGGCAAAACGGAGAGCGAGCGCAUGCCCCUCGCCGAGUCGCGCAUCACGCAGGUGUGGCUCGACGACGUGCGCAAGGCCGGCGACACGGUGCUCAAGAACGGCGUCCCCAAGUAG